AUGGCCUCUAGCAGCAGCAGAGGACAGCCACGAGCUGAGCCAGACCGUCUACCAUCUCAGGACGCCCUCGAGAACACAGAAGCAGCACGCGGACCCUCUGCAACUGACAGUGUCCCUUCCCAGCGUCAACUUCCUCAUAUCUUGGACGAUGGCAUCACUGAGCUGUGGUGCCCUCCCAAUCCUGCGCAUGUCGUUGCCGACAUCUACUUUGUUCACGGCCUGAUGGGUCAUCCAUUCAAAACGUGGUAUCACCCAAAGGCAGCAUCAGCACAGAAAAGCCAGGACAACCCAGAGUCGAAAAAGUAUAGGCUAUCAAAGAUAUUUGGUCGGAAACAUGAAGACAGACGAGAGACAAGUGGGAACAGUUCUGUGGAGCCUUCACCGAAGGAACGCGGCUGCUACUGGCCCCUCGAUCUGAUCCCUAGUGAUUUCGAAAACGUACGAGUCCUUACCUGCGGCUACGAUUCGCACCCGACACGAUUUCUCGCUGGGGGAAAUCAAAUGAACAUUUCUCAACAUGCCCAAAACCUUCUUCAGCGCAUCAGGACUACUCGCAGUCAUUGUCAAGGAAGACCAAUCAUAUUCGUCGCCCACAGUCUCGGGGGCAUAUUGGUUGAGGAUGCCAUUAUUGAAUCGAGAAAGUACGAAGAUCAGCCUGCGGUCAUGGACAUCAGCCGCUCCUCUGUCGCCAUUUUCUUCUUUGGAACCCCCCACCAUGGGUCAGACGCUGCAAAGUACGGUGAAUACUUGGGGAAGAUCCUUGAAACCUGCGGCGUCGGUGUCAACAAACAGAUCUUGAGAGGACUCCAGAGGAAUGGAGAGAAGCUAAGCAGCGUUGAACGUGACUUUAAUGACUUGAUCAACAAACCAAUUCCAGCCAGUGAAAAGCUUCAAAUAUGUAGCUUCCAAGAAGGGAAGACAGUGACUGGUUUGAAGUUCUUUCCCAUUGGAAAGGUAGUGGAAGAUUCAUCUUCUUGUUUCAAUCGCAGAGACAUUGAAACUAGCUUCUUUAUCAAUGAAAAUCACAUGGGGAUGACACGACUCCAAUCUGCGCAAACACAAGGUUACGUGGAUUUUCGAUCGAUGUUGAGAGAAUAUCUGCAAAAGAUCGGAACGACCACCAAUGCGCAGAGACUUAGGGAACAGAGGCAGGAGGAUGAACGAGCAGCCUUAAUGAAGGCCCUCGAUUUCGCCGAUAGAUCCAUCCGCGAACAACAACUGAGUAGCCUUGACACGCCGGAGGAAACAUUCACAUGGAUCUGGGCUUCGCCUUUCAAAACUUGGCUCGAGAACGAGAGCUCUAUCUUCUGGAUAUCGGGCAAGCCGGCUAGUGGCAAGAGUACACUCAUGAACUACAUUCGCAAAGCCAGCAACACCCGCAAUAUACUGAACAACUGUUCCCGCAGUAACUGGAGUAUGAUUUAUUUCUUUUUCGAUUUUCGAGCUGGAAGCGGCAUUGGCAAUAGUAUGGAAGGUUUCCUUCGAUCUCUACUCCGUCAACUAUGCGAAGAAUUGCCCAUUGUUACCGAGACCUUUCCAGAACUUGCGAAACUUGUCACCCGUCCUUCACAACCACAGCCUGCUACAUCUUCUGAGGGGCACAUACCUCUUGAUAUCUUGAGAACAGCGCUUCUUCGCGGGAUUCGGAGCUGUUCAGAUGGUUUGAUGAUUCUACUGGACGGCCUCGAUGAAUACGAGGGAGAACAGGUUGGACUGUGCAACUUCAUCAAAGCCCUCCGCGGAGACAAUGUGAAAAUCUGUAUUGCCAGCCGACCUGAUCCUCCGUUUCCAGACGCCUUUGCUGGGCUACCUUCUUUUCGGAUGCAAGAUCUCAAUUUGAGCGCCAUCAAAAAGUUUGGUUUGCAUGUCCUUGAGCAAUUUUAUUCUGGUCGGCAAGAUGUCCCGUCUACCUUACAGUCUUUAGCAGAUGAUGUUGCACGAAGGUCGCAGGGUGUCUUCCUGUGGGCAAGAUUCGCUAUAUUUGAGCUCAUAAAAGGCCUCACCCGCGGCGAGAAGCUGGGAUCCGCCGCACUGACGCAAAGACUGGAGGAAAUGCCACCGGAGCUACAACAAAUUUAUUCCCGCAUAUUCCAUCGCUCUCCCAGAGAUGAGAGAAAGCUGGCAGGGCUCAUUUUGCUCCUGAUUUGCUACAAAAUGGAGGAAAUCACUUCCGAAAUGUUACAAAUCGCUAUCUCUUCCCUUCCGCCGUCCUCACCAUUGUAUCCUGGUCCCGCAACGCUCGCAGCUGCGCGAGGCGGCGAGGACGAGUCCUCGAGACGUCUCCUGGUUGUCACGGGCGGAACGGUGGAAGAAUACACGGCACGAGUAGAAAUUGGGCGAAACACAUUCCUCGGCAGUCUGCCUCGCUUGAUUCAUCGGACUGUGAGGACUUACCUUGAGCGAGGUGGUUGGGAGGAGAUCCUUGACGACAUUUACAGCCCCGAACUGGGCUAUAAAACAUGGACCGAGAUCUGUACGCAGACGAUCAUGGAAGGAGAACCAAAUCUAGCCCAUCUGCAAUCGCUGUCUCCUUCCGUUCUUUCCGACUUGCGUCUCACUAUAAGAGAUGACCAUUCCGAUGAUUACGAUAUCAACAGCGACGGCGGAGAAUCUGUGUCUUCCUCUCAGCAGAGCUUUCUUGACAAUCCUGAUGAAAGUCCCGGCAGCAUCGCAACAAGCCAUCGUAGCGGUGAUGUAGACUUUCAGCCAGGUUCUGCCAACAAACCGCGAGUGGACAAGUUCACGCCCCAGACUAUGUUCCUAGGCUAUGCCGCCACUAACGUACUUUCCCACGCCUCCUCUUAUGAGGAGGCAUCGGUGACAUCCUCGUCAGUAUUGAUUGAGGCGCUGGGCCAUCCUCCCUUCGUAAACUUCCAUCGAGCCGUGAGUGGUGAGAUGAGAUGCUUUGAUUCCUGCUGGCGCAUUCACAGAUCUUCGGAAGCACGCGGUUUCAGAACCGAGUUUGUCCAGUUUGCUAUUGCUCAUGGAUUGCAUUAUUAUGUGAAAGACUACGUGCGAGAACUAAAGGAGAGACAGCCAUCGAAAUCCUCCAACUAUAUUGUGCACAGGGUCCUCAAGAUGAUGGAUUUGAAGAGGACCCCGGAUCCUGCCAAGAUGAUCAGGCUGCUCAAGGAGGCUGCCGUCUUGUCUGCGUUCCAAGAAGGAUCGUGGAAACCAACGGGCAAUUUCCUUUCGACUGCCUCUUUCUUACUGAAACAGUGUCCCAUCGUGGAAGAUGCUGAAAUCAUGGGCGCAGUGGGUAAUCGCGCGCCUAAGCUGCUGAGACUGCUGUUGAAAUACCGUGCAGGAGAUAUUAGAUUGCUGAACGUUCGCACGGAGGAGGCAGCUCUCUAUCUGGAUACCAGCACUCGAUGGUCGCAGAGCGAGGGGGUCCACCCGUUCGUCGCUCUUGAUUAUGCAUUAUAUUUGAUGGUGCGCGAUGACUUCCAUAAAGCCACACAAGAGGUAAUUGCCAUCUUAAUGGAGAGGGGAGUCCAGAUAAACGGUUCUUGCGGACCUCUGGGGGGUGUAUUGCACUAUAUCAUCAAUGAAGUGCCCGAUAAUCCUCACGCAGAUGAUAUCGUUCGUUUCAUUGAUCUCCUAAAGGGGAAGGGGGCGGAUAUCAAUCAACUUGGUCGACAAGGAACACCUUUGGAGUUUCUAUGGGAAUUAGCCAACACAAGAGAGGUGGCUAACUGGGAAAGGGCCACAUGUCGUGCAGUGCUACGCAAUCUCAUUGCCCAUGGGGGAGUCAACAGACGCAAGGAUCCGAACGGUCUGGUGCCCUCUGUGAUCCAGAUGGAGCUGUUUGCUUGCAACUGGACUGAUUAUCAGGAAUGCAUUCGGUUUUAUCGGCAAGGACCACGUGAUGGAGGGUCGGUGUGGCCAGGCCCCGUGCCUCUGCAUCCAGAUGAUUGGGAUAUGGGGAAUGGCUAUUAUGAUUUUCCGUUCGGUGAGGCGAUGAGAAAGUACCGCGCUGCCAUGGGCAUGGAAUCGGUUGACAAUGGCGGUGUGGAUGGAGACCGUCGAGGGGACGUGCAGCAGGGACAGAUCGACUGA